GAAUGGGCGGAGCUUGCAUUGCGUUUCCCACACGCUGGGAGAAUUACGGAUGUUUCAAUUUUAGUAAACAUAGACAGACUGUUUAUUGAUCAGUAUUAAAGAUGCCGUCGUUACCGGAGAAAGGGGAUGUCAUGUUUGAGGAAGAUGACCUCCCGUACGAGGAGGAGAUCAUUCGGAACCCCUACUCCGUCAAGUGCUGGAUGCGCUACAUCGAGUUCAAGCAGAGCGCCCCCAGAAACACCCUCAACAUGAUCUUCGAGAGGGCGCUCAAGGAGCUGCCGGGCAGUUACAAGCUGUGGUACAACUACCUGAGGCAGAGGAGGAAGCAGGCGAAGGGGAGGUGCAUCACAGACCAGGCCUUCGAGGAGGUGAACAACUGCCAUGAGCGAGCGCUGGUCUUCAUGCACAAGAUGCCGCGGAUCUGGCUGGAUUUCUGCCAGUUCCUGAUGGAUCAGUGUAAGAUCACGCGGGCGCGGCGCACCUUCGACCGGGCCCUGCGCGCCCUGCCCGUCACGCAGCACCAUCGCAUCUGGCCGCUCUACCUGAAGUUCGUCCGCGCGCACCCCCUGCCCGAGACCGCUGUCAGGGUCUACCGCCGGCACCUCAAGCUGUGCCCUGAGAAUGCGGAGGGGUACAUCGAGUACCUGCGCUCUGUGGACCGGCUGGACGAGGCUGCAGUCCGGCUUGCUGCCAUUGUCAAUGACGAGUCCUUCAUCUCCAAAGAGGGCAAGUCCAACUACCAGCUUUGGCACGAGAUGUGUGACCUGAUCUCUCAGAACCCAGACAAGGUGAAGUCUCUGAGCGUGGGGGCCAUCAUCAGGGGGGGGCUGACCCGCUUCACUGACCAGCUGGGCAAGCUCUGGUGCUCCCUGGCUGACUACUACACCCGCAGCGGCCACUUCGAGAAGGCUCGUGAUGUGUAUGAGGAGGCUAUACAGACCGUGGUGACUGUGCGGGACUUCACCCAGGUCUUUGACAGCUACGCUCAGUUUGAGGAGAGCAUGAUCGCUGCCAAGAUGGAGACCACUUCUGAGAUGGGUCAGAACCAGGACGAGGACAUUGACCUGGAGCUCCGGCUCGCUCGAUUCGAGCAGCUGAUCACCCGGCGCCCCCUGCUGCUGAACAGCGUGCUACUGCGCCAGAAUCCACACAACGUCCACGAGUGGCACAAGAGGGUGAAGCUGUACGAGGGGAAGCCACGAGAGAUCAUCAACACCUACACUGAGGCUGUGCAGACGGUGGACCCUGCCAAGGCGACCGGGAAGCCCCACUCCAUCUGGGUAUCCUUCGCCAAGUUCUACGAGGAGCACGGGCAGCUGGAUGACGCUCGCACCAUCUUUGAGAGAGCCACCAAGGUGAACUUCAAGCAGGUGGACGGCCUGUCCAGCGUGUGGUGUGAGUAUGGAGAGAUGGAGCUGCGGCACGAGAACUACGAGCAGGCUCUGAGGAUCCUGAGGAAAGCCACUGCAAUCCCAGCUAAGAAAGCUGAAUACUUUGAUACCUCGGAGCCCGUGCAGAACCGCGUGUACAAAUCCCUGAAGGUGUGGUCCAUGUUAGCAGACCUGGAGGAGAGCCUGGGCACAUUCAAGUCGACGAAGGCGGUGUACGAGCGGAUUAUUGACCUCCGCAUCGCCACCCCGCAGGUCAUCAUCAAUUAUGCCAUGUUCCUGGAGGAGCACACCUAUUUCGAGGACAGCUUCAAGGCCUAUGAAAGAGGCAUCUCUCUGUUUAAGUGGCCCAACGUACAUGACAUUUGGAACACCUACCUGACCAAGUUUAUAGAACGAUACGGGGGCAAGAAACUGGAGCGAGCCCGGGACCUGUUUGAGCAAGCCCUCGACGGCUGCCCACCCAGAUACGCAAAGACGAUCUACCUGCUGUAUGCUAAGCUGGAGGAGGAGUUUGGGCUGGCGCGCCACGCAAUGGCAGUGUACGAGCGUGCCACGCAGGCCGUUGAGCCAGCGGAGCAGCACGAGAUGUUCAACAUCUACAUCAAGAGAGCCGCUGAGAUCUACGGAGUGAUGCAUACCAGAGGCAUCUACCAGAGAGCCAUCGAGGUCCUCCCGGACGAGCACUCUCGAGAGAUGUGCCUGCGCUUCGCUGACAUGGAGGCCAAGCUGGGGGAGAUCGACCGAGCCCGGGCCAUCUACUCCUACUGCUCCCAGAUCUGUGACCCCAGGAUGACGGCAGCGUUCUGGCAGACGUGGAAGGAGUUUGAGAUCCGCCACGGGAAUGAGGACACGAUCCGCGAGAUGCUGAGGAUCAAGCGCAGCAUCCAGGCCACCUACAACACCCAGGUCAACUUCAUGUCAUCACAGAUGCUCAAAGCAUCCUCCAACGCCACCGGCACAGUAUCGGACCUGGCUCCAGGACAGGGUUCGAUGGAUGACAUGAAGCUUCUGGAGCAGAAAGCUCACCUCCUGGCUGCUGAGGCUGAAAGGGAGAAAGUCAAACCCAAGGAGAAGAUCCUGUUUGUCAGGAGUGACACGUCUCACAGUGAGCUGGCUGAACUGGCCAAGCAGGCGAAUCCAGACGAGAUCGACAUUGACGAUGAUGACGAGGAUGGAGAGGGAGAUGAUGAUGAAGACAAUGGACCUGAGGAGGUGCAGCUGGAGCAGAAGAGUGUUCCUGCAGCCGUGUUCGGGGGGCUCCGGGAUGACUGAGCAGCACCGGAGGAAAUAAACAACGAUCUCCAACACUGACAGAUCAAGACACCUGAACCUUGGGGCUUAGGAAUAUUUUCUUGUAAACCAGUAACAUUAUUUUUAUACUUCUAUAUAUUCAUAUGCAAGAUUGAGUGUGUUGAAAAGUUGGACUUCAAACCGCAGUUACAACGUUCAUCCAUGUGAUGGCACUGUGUGCUAUGUAACAAACUAAAAGAAUAAAAAAAUUAUGUUUUUGGCCCCAAUAUUUUAGAUUGAUUUUCCUGUGCUAGAAUAUUGUUCUUCGUCCUGUGCAGUUCCCUGUAAAUACCAGGACAGACCUGCAGUACCUACAGUACUCUACCCAAGGCAUGCUGUACAGUAGCUCAAGUUGAAAAAUGUUAUGCUUUGGUCCUGUUUCCUUUUGCACUUCUGCUUUCUGUGUAGUGGCGCACUGUGAACAGUGAACCGUUUCCUCGGACUACUACUGUAUUUGCAAAAACCUGUCCUGAUUCAAUAAAAAGAAAAGUGUUAUUUGCACAUCA